CGCUUCGACACGUGGCCGUGCGUCCUGGGGCUGCAGGGCUUCUCGUCAGGGCGGCACUACUGGGAGGUGGCGGUGGGGCGGCGGGCCGAGUGGGGGCUCGGGGUGUGCCGGGACUCGGUGCAGAGGAAGGGCGAGACCACGCCGGCCCCGGAGCACGGCGUCUGGGCCGUGUGGCUGCUCAGGGGCGCCGACUACAUGGUGCUGGGCUCGCAGUCCGCGCCCGCGCUGCAGCACGACAGGCCGCGCCGCGUCGGCGUCUUCGUGGACUACGAGGCGGGCGAGAUCUCGUUCUACGACGUCACCGCCGGGUGCUGCAUCUACACGUUCCGCCAGCUCUUCGCGGGCGAACUCCGGCCCUACUUCUUCGUCUGCGACACGACCCCGCUCACCCUG